AUGUCUCCUCAGCUUCGCAGAUGGCACAAAGCUGUAGGAAUUCUCGACUUGCACAGAAGAUCCACUAAAGUGACCGAACACGACGGGUUUUUCGGGUCUCUUCUGGGCCUCUCAUCCACCGUCCAACAAGGCCUCCUCUGCCCAGCCGCCAAGGAACACGUUGAGAUGAACGAAAAGAAAUUCCAAUUAUUGGCUGGGCCACCGACUUUUCCAUCCAAAAGAUCCCGUGGUUCCCUUCGUGGUCUCGUCUUGGUGACCCCAUGA